AUGUCAAUGUCGGCUACAAAGUCAGAUAAGUACGUCAAUGACUCGGGUUCAGACCUGGAGGGUGAAGAAGAGACUUAUGUAGCACCCAAGAAUUACCACAAAUACGAUUUAAGGUCCAAGUUCGAGCCUCGGGACAAUCGAGAAAUAUGGUUGAUAAAGACCCCAAAGGGCUUUCCCAUUGAAAAAUUGCAGACUUUACCGGUAUCGUUUGGUUUGACAUCUAAAAAUGGACUCAAUACCUCUGCUGCCACAUUCAAGGUUGAGAACCGGUCUUUUCAACUUUAUGAAGAAUCAUUUGCAGCAGAAAGCGAGGCACACAAGUACUCUAUAUUGGGCCAUAAAGGGGAGAACCAAUUGGAGCCUGUGGAAAAAACAAUAGACAGAUUCUACAACAUUAGUGAGAAGAUUGCUAUUCCUGAUAUUAACUAUGAAAAAGUUGUCAUUCCAAGAAAAGAUGUGGAGAAGAUUGACGGUUUGGUGAUGAAGCAUUAUCCUACUGGUUACGGAGCCAGCGACUUUGAGGAGGCACGGGCUCCGAAACGGACAGCAUCUCACUCUGAGAACGGGACCCAUAAAAAGAGAAAGACUGAAAGUGAAAGCGGCGAAAAGGAGAAGAAGGAAAAGAAAGACAAGAAAGAGAAGAAGGAAAAGAAAGAAAAGAAGGAAAAGAAGGAAAAGAAAGAUAAAAAGGAUAAGAAGGAGAAGAAAGAGAAGAAUUAA